AUGGAGAACGGACGUGUAGACUUGAGCUCUGAAAAAUUGGCCAAAUCUUUAUCAAGUUUUGUGGAAAGUGAUGAUUCCAGACAUUGUGAAUUGAAUAUAGAAAGCUCCUUAAAUGCUGUAAACAUUUUGUACAGCCAUUUCUGCUAUAAGAAGAACAAACUUAAAUGGGCUGGUUCGUUGGAAGAUCUGAAAGCCGUCGUGCUCACUGUAGUGGAUGAACAAACAGCUGAAACUACAACCUGGCGAUCGCCUAGCGGUGGUAUGUGGAAAUUCGACAGUAAGGCACUGUGUGUUACCUGGCAAAAAAAGAGUCAGAAUAUUUAUUUUGAGGGCGAAAACGGCAAGGAAGUGACCAAACGGAUAAUUUCGCACUUAAACCAAGGCGUGCACGCUUCGUUGAAAGCUUAUUCUCUCGAAAGUAAAGCCACCGAAGCAGAACCGAGUGUGAUUGAACUUAUAUCGGACAGUUGUCGCCAAAACAACAAGCAAUUGAACGAAGACUGUAGAGAAAUUACUAUUGAGAAUGGAGAUGCGAUGAAUGAAAACGCUGAUAUCUCCUCUGCCGAUCUGGCCGAAGCAAAUUCUUGCUGCGCCUCUUGUAUCAAGCAGAGCGAAGAAAUUGAUCAACUGAAGGCUGAAAUAGUUUGUCUCAAGAAGUCGGUGAAGUCAAGCGAGUAUAUGCAAAUUAACCGCCUGCAAAACGACAACUCUAGCUUAAUCAAAACAGUUGAAAUGCUUACAAAACAACUAAUAAAUUUGAAUACGGUUGAUGCAAAUAUUGAUCCCAGUUCUCAAGUAUCGAAGGAACCCGCUCCUAAA